AAUCCAGAUUUCGCAGCCUGGCUGUCAUCCUCCUUUCCUUCUAUUCUUCAUUUGAGGAAGACUCUCUCCUUGAUACUCUUCUCCAUUUCCCUCCUUUUCCACUAUUCGUUGUUCUCCAUCGGUCCACUCAUCAAGAUCUCGGCCUUCUGUACCAUUGGUUCUGCUCCCUCCGCCCACACUCGGGAGAACCACACCCAGAGGUUCCUGCCUGUGGAUAUUUCCUCCGUUCUUCGCCGACGACAACCACUCGACCUUUCCAUCCUCAGUCUCUCCUUGAGGAAAUCAUCACUCUCCUGCCUUGACCGAUGAGCCUCCCCUCUCCCCUUCCGCUGUCGUCGCCUCCAUUAAAACACCCUCACCACCAGGCCCACAUUGUAGCUCUUCAGCAUGCGGUGGCGGCUGCCUGGUGCCUGGUCGACCCUUCCCGCUAGUGUCGCACUCCUCCUGAUUCCUGUUCUUGUCGCUCCGCAGCAGCUGCAUGAACGUCAUGAUAGCCCCUCUGCCGUCUCGGUGCCGCUGAGGCCGACCGCACACAUCCCCGAAUCUUUAUCCCCCUCCGCGUUGAACGUCAAGUCCAACGAUGCGAGCGCCCUAGCAACCAUGGCUCUGGCGGGCUCCGGCCGCGCCGUUCGAGCCCCUCCUGCUCAAGCCAGCAGUAGUACUGCUGGCAUGGCACCGCAGCUGCAUGCGCGGUCCUUGCAGGAUUGGGAGGUUGAAGACUUUGUUCUGCUGGCGACCGUCGAUGGUACCAUUCACGCCCGAGACCGCAAGACCGGAGCCCCUCGCUGGGCUCUUGAGGUCCCGAGUAGUCCCAUGGUCGAGAGUAUCUAUCACCGAGCCAAUCGCUCGAGUUUUGAUAGUACUCAACCUGAAGAUGACUUUAUAUGGAUUGUUGAGCCAAGCCAAGAUGGUAGUCUCUACAUCUUCAGCCCUGACCCGAAUUCGGGCCUUCAACAAUUGGGCCUGACGGUGAAGGAACUGGUCGACGAAACGCCUUACUCCGGUACUGAACCGGCGGUUACCUAUACAGCCCGCAAAGAAACUACCCUUUAUACCAUUGAUGCCCGUACUGGUUCAAUCUUGCGCGUGUUUAGUUCCAGAGGCCCCAUCCCUUCCGGCCCGGAAUGCCGUAAGGUUGAUGAUUUUGAUAACGAUGCGGCCGAGUGUGAUUCCCCGUCGGGGACCUUGGUCCUAGGACGGAUUGAAUAUGCCGUGGCCAUCCAGAACACUGAGACUGGGGACCCGAUUUGUACUCUGAAAUACUCUGAAUGGACAGCCAAUAACCGGGACAUGGACCUCCAGAGCCAGUACUUUCAGACAAUGGAUCAGAGCCAUAUCUACAGCAUGCAUGAUGGGGUGGUUUUGGGGUUUGACCACUCUCGUAUGGAACGACCACGGUAUACGCAGCGGUUCUCUUCGCCAGUCGUCCGUGUUUUUGACGUUGCACGCCCCAUCAAUGUUGACAAACCGGAUGCGCCCAAGCCGUUGGUUCUCCUCUCCCAGCCGUUGCAGCCUCCAGACCCUGACUAUGGCUCCCUCGACGACCGUGAUGACCGUGUAUUCAUUGAUUACACUGACGGAGGUGGUUGGUACGCAAUGUCGGAAGCGACCUAUCCACUCGUCACUGGGCGUGCAAAAACGGCGCAGUACUAUGAAAAGGACUACUUUCGUCGUGGACAGCGGCUUAUGAGUCUGACCGAGAGCCAACAACGGGACGCCUUGACCGGCGUUCAUUCUCUCAAUAGCCCGCGAAUUCCCCGACGCCAUACCCCGAGCAUCUCCGGAUCAUCCUCCGCCGAGCUCUCUAACGAUACCCCAAGGGAGGUCAUUCGUAGCCCGUCCGAGUUAGCUCUUCCACCGGCAUUGCGGCACAGCACUAUCAUUCGCAAGGGUUGGGAUAACGCCGCCGACAUCGUUGUCACUCUUAUUUUGUUGUUCUUCGGUGUCUUCAUUUACUUCAACACGCAUAAUCUCCAGGAGCUUGCCAAGCAGAAACUUGACAUUAAGAACAUUAUCUCCGCCUAUGGCCAAGCGCCUCUAUCGACUCCGUCAACGCCAAUUGUUGAUGCAUCCCACACGAAGAGAGAGUCGAGCGCCGUUCGCUCCACCGUUAAUAACGUGAUUGUUGGUAUUAACAUCGACAGUGAACCUCAUAAUGACGGAGAUAUGACCCCUAAGCCGAAUAAGACCCGCAAUACACUCGCACCAAAUGCAACUCCCCGUGUCCGUAUCCGCGAACCCUCACGAGAACCUGAUGACGACGAUGAUGUGGAAGAGUUGUCACUGCAGGACCCGGACAAACCCAAGAAAAAAGCUCGUCGAGGCCGUCGAGGAGGAAGGAAUCACAAACGUGGAAAGAAACCGAACGAGGCUGAUGCCAAAGAAGACUCGGUUGGUGCCGAGGGCAGCCUGCAGCCUCCAGCCCGUCCCGAGGCGGAGCCGCCGCUGAUGCGUACAGCCUCCUCCAACGAGGUCGUCGAGAUGGAUGGCGUCCUCGGAAUUGGUCGAUUGAAGGUAUUCACGGACGUUGUCCUUGGGCAUGGGAGCCAUGGAACGGUUGUAUACCGAGGUUCGUUUGACGGACGCGAUGUGGCAGUCAAGCGUAUGCUGGUUGAGUUCUAUGACAUUGCGUCUCAUGAAGUCGGAUUGCUACAGGAAAGUGAUGACCAUAAUAAUGUCAUCCGAUACUAUUGCCGGGAGCAGGCGGCAGGGUUUUUUUACAUUGCCUUGGAACUUUGCCCAGCCUCCCUGCAGGAGGUGGUGGAACGCCCAGCUGAUUACCCCCAACUAGUGCAAGGUGGCCUGGAUAUGCCGGAUGUCUUGCGUCAGAUUGUGGCUGGUGUACGAUACCUUCAUUCCCUGAAAAUCGUGCAUCGAGACCUGAAGCCCCAGAAUAUUCUGGUUGCUAUGCCUCGUGGACGCACCGGCUCAAGAUCUCUUCGACUUCUUAUCUCGGAUUUUGGCCUGUGUAAGAAACUGGAAGACAAUCAGAGCUCGUUCCGCGCAACUACGGCUCACGCAGCCGGAACCUCGGGAUGGAGGGCCCCCGAACUACUGGUGGACGAUGACAAAAGCCCGGUAAUUCAGAUGACAGAAUCCCAGCACACAGAAUCCUCCGAGCCUGCAGUUGUGGAUCCUCAAACAAAUCGCAGAGCGACUCGAGCUAUCGACAUCUUUUCGCUAGGAUGCGUGUUUUACUACGUUCUUACUCGCGGCUCUCAUCCGUUUGACAAAAACGGCAAAUUUAUGCGUGAGGCUAAUAUCGUGAAAGGCAACUUUAAUCUUGAUGAGUUGCAACGUCUUGGCGAAUAUGCGUUUGAAGCUGAUGAUUUGAUUCGAUCGAUGUUGGCAUUGAAUCCUCGCAAGCGGUAUGAGAACUCCACGUUUAUAUCUCUACUUCUCGUCGCUAACCUUCUUUUUUUUUUUUUUAGUCCUGAUGCGAGCGGUGUUUUGACACACCCAUUUUUCUGGCCUGCGUCGGACCGGCUGAGCUUCCUUUGUGACGUUUCGGAUCAUUUUGAAUUUGAGCCUCGGGAUCCCCCAUCUGAUGCCCUCUUAUGUUUAGAGUCCGUGGCCUAUAGGGUUAUGGGCCCUGACAUGGACUUUUUGAAACUUUUACCCAAGGAUUUUAAAGACAGCCUCGGCAAACAGCGAAAGUAUACAGGGUCGAGGAUGCUAGAUUUACUCCGAGCAUUGCGUAACAAGCGCAACCACUACAACGAUAUGCCGGAGCACCUGAAGGCGCACAUUGGCGGACUACCGGAGGGAUAUCUUAAUUUCUGGACUGUCAGGUUCCCUAGCCUGCUCAUGAGCUGCCAUUGGGUGAUUACGGAGUUGAAGCUGACCCGCAUCGACCGAUUUAGACGGUACUUUACACCUGUUGAAUAGGUAGAUAGACGUAUUUAUUGCACCAAUGUUGUGAAUACUACUUGAUACAUUCCAAGGAUCUCACUUUGUUACUGUAGUUGCCGAGGACUUUUAGUAAACCGGUUUAUCCCAUCCUUGGCAACUCCUCACACUUCUAGCAAACAACGCUUGCCCUUGGGAGACAUGAGGAAGUACAGGGUCUGGUCCAUGUCACUGUCGCUCAUAUUCUCCCGCGUGGAGACCCUGGCCGUGGGGAAAGCAUGGAAGAAGUAAGCGGUUGCCA